AUGAGCGCUGUUCAAGAUGAGGCCUAUGAUGGUCCAGAACAAUCAGAAGGUGAAGAGGAAACUCAAGAAAGAGCUUCGGGGUUGGAUGAUGAGUCGGGUGUAUUAGGCCAUCUAGAACCAGGGUAUGGGGAUGGGGAUGCAGUCAUUGAAGAGGAGCAAAAAGUCAAACUAGACGUAAAAGGCAAAACAACGAAUGGUCACAAUGCAAGACCAUACUGUCUGCAAGAAGAGGGCAUAAGCUCUCCACCGUCAUCUCGAGAUGGUCCGGAAAGGCCAUCAAGUGCUGAGGGUUCCUCCUCCAUCCCAGAUGACACGGCCUCUAUGCAAGGAUCAUUGGCUUCCACGCCUAAUCGAGGAGCUCGCAAUGCAGCUCCCAGCCAAAGCCCAACACCUUCGCUCCAGCCUUUCGAAAGGCGCUUCCAUUCUCGCCUCUCAUCUUACACGGGUACUCCUCGCGCAACAUCACCUGCCUUCCUCACGUCCCACUCGCGCAAUUCCUCCUUAGCAUUCACCUUACGAGAAGGAAAAGACACAGAAGUCGAGGUUCCAUGGGAGGUUGUGAGAUGGACCAAAUUGAAGAAGAUGACCGGCCAAUGCUUUUCCGAAGUCGGCAAACGCAAAUUUGGACGUCCAACAUGUAUUGCCAUUUCCGCAUUGAUCGUAUUGGGCACAUCGAGAGGGAUGACCUUGCUAUUUGACUACAAUCAAGAUCUUAGAUCCAUAAUAGGUCCAGGUACCAAAGCUUUAGAAUCUGGAGCAGUGACAGCUGUUGGUAUAUCUGCAGAUCAUUCGAUUGUCGCCAGUGGACAUGCCUCAGGAAGCAUAUUCACCUGGGAGGUCGCAAAACCUAGUAAGCCAUUCUUACAUAUUGCUCCAGCCAGCCGGAGCCGAAAGCCCUUGAUCGAUGGCCACAGCCCAGAUGCGGCGGUUUUACAUCUGGGGUUCUUGGGGAUUAGGCAUACCGCUCUUUGCUCUGCGGACGAUAAGGGCAUGGCUUUCUCUCAUCUAGCUACAAGAGGCAUGAGCAUGGUAGCGCGCUCGGUCAAGACGACUCGCAUUUUGGGGCGCUACCCCGAGUCUACUACAAAUCCUGCAACCACUAGAAAGCCUAGCUCAGUACUUUCCUUUUCGCCACUGCCCCUGGGUAAUGUAGAGCAUCCGACGGACACAAUGGGACUUGUCGCAAUGCUCACACCAUAUCUUCUAGUCGUCGUAUCCACCAUGCCCAUUGCACAGACACAAUACAAGACCCCGAGGCCCCGCGAAGUGGCUUCCCAUAGUGCGAUGACGGGGGCUCUUGCCUGGUUUCCUAGCGUCAAGCUGAAAACAUCAAAUUCGGACAGGACCACAUCUUCAAGAGCGAAGCUAGCUUAUUGCUGGUCAGAUGUGCUUACUGUACUUGAUGUCGUGGACAUUGAGCCUUCAGAAACGGCUGGAAAGAGUGAGCCACCGAGCUUACGAUUCAAGCCACGCAGCAGAUGGAAAGCUCAGGAAGCCAUUGUCGGUGUUCAGUGGCUAGGAAGAUCCGUGCUUGCGAUCUUGACAAUCACCCAGCAACUUGUCAUACUCGAGGACUACUCGAUGACGGUGACAGAUUCGUCGGAUCUCAUCCAGAAACAUGUCUAUCAUGUAGACUUGUUCUCCCAGCAACUGAACCAGCUUGUAGACCAGUUGGAGGACGAAGAGAACUCUUCAAUGCAUGGAGUUGUCGCUGAUGCGUUUUACAUGAGCUUCAGGGCUUACAAAGGAAGGCUCUUUCUUCUUGGACACAACGAACUCUCAUUUGGAACGCUUUCAAAUUGGGCCGACCGUUUAGCUGCACUGGUAGAAGAAGGAAGCUAUAUUCUCGCAAUCGAGUUGGCCACAGGCUACUUCACCGGCGCAGCUGACAAAGUGACCGUCGGUCUCCCUGAAGACGAUGGCUCGAGGCAAGACAUCGUUCGUGAGAAAUUAUUAGAGAUGAUUUUGGCUUCUCUGAAGUAUGCUUUUGCGCAGAACACGCAGCAUUCCCAAGCGGAGCAGCGGCAACAUUUAGAUGAGCUUGCGAGAGCCUGUAUAAACGCUUGUAUAAGCACUCAGAACCUGGAUUUUCUUUUUGACCAAGUCUACCCUUGGUUUCAGGAAAACGAUGUUGAGUCUUUGUUCUUAGAAGGUCUAGAGAGUGGUAUUGACGCUGGAAACAUUGUUGUACUACCGCCCGAAGUUGUCAAAGGUUUGGUGAGUCACUACACUUCCAGAGGUCUGAGUACCAGGCUGGAAGAAAUGCUGUGCCUUCUGGACCCUCGGACUAUGGACCUUGACCAGAUCACCAGUCUGUGCAAGGUAAAUUAUCUCUACGAUGCGUUAUUGUAUGUGUGGAAUCAGGCGAUUGGUGACUAUACUACUAUCCUCGCUGAGCUAUUGUGCCUCAGCUUGCCACAGCAAAACGAACUUGACGGGCUCAAAGAGGAAGCUGUCGCUACUAAAGUCUUUCCUUACUUGUCAUAUAUAUUGACAGGGCGAGUCUAUCCAACCGGCAAGGACAUGGAUCAAGGUCACGCGCAACUAGCAAAGGCAGACCUUUACAACUUUCUUUUCUCUGGAAAGGGACCUGAUGGCAGCCUUCGUGGAGACUCAGGCUCACAGUCUUCGAAGUCUAACCCGCGAAUGAAUUUUCCUAAUCUACGAAAAAUUCUUGACUUAGACACAUCGAGCUUUUUAAGCAUGCUCAACGAGGCAUUUGAAGAUAGUUUUCUAAAUGGACCCCAAGAGCGACUGGCUAAUGAAACACCCGGUGGUCUGACCGAAGCGCAGAGGUUCGGCCUUUCCGUCAACCGGCAAUGGAUCGUCAGCAUUCUGCUGGAAGUAAUGACGCCUCCGACUUACACGGUCGAUGAUACUAUCUACCUAUACAUGUUCAUAGCACGCAAUCUCCCAAAGUUUCCUCAAUUUAUUCUUCUUCCAGGUCAUUUACUUCAUAAAGUCUUGAUCGGACUUUGCAAAUAUCCAAGCGAUGAUGUUCUCGACGACAGCCAGCUGAGCGUGGAAUAUUUACUAUCCCUGUAUCACCCUCCAGACAUAGGAUCUCUGAUUUCUCUCUUGCAUGAAGCUCGCUUUUACAGAGUUCUCAAGAACAUCUUCAAGUCUGAGAGGCAAUAUGCACAGCUUUUGCAAACAUGUUUUGAUGACCGGGAACACCCUGAUGCGGUAUUUGAAUGCGUCGCAGACUUUCUGAACCCAGGAGCUAGCUUGACUGAAAACCAAAUCCUGCAAUUUAGAGAUGUAAUCAAACAACAUGCCGAGGAGAUGGUAAAUUCAGAUCUUACGAAGACAGCCUCUAUAAUUGAUCAAUUUGCGCCCGACCUGCACAGAGCGAUGCUCUCAACAAUAGAGCACGACGAGUCUCGUCAAUUCCACUAUCUUGAAAUGAUACUAGAGCCAACAAUUGAUGUUGACAACAAUGAGCGCUCAUCGAGUCUUACAAGACCAUUCAUCGAGCAGUAUGUUCUUCUGAUGUGUCAAUAUAACCCCAAGCACGUGAGUGACUACGUCGACCAACUCAAGACUAGCGACCUUCGCCUUCAAGAGGUCUUGCCAGCGCUCGAAGAACACGGUGUAAUCGACGCUGCAGUAGUUUUGAUGGCUCGAGAAGGUAAAAUUCGUGAAGGUAUGAAUAGGUUGACGCAGCAUUUGCACACUCUUGAGGCAGCAUUGUUAGGCGUCUUAGAUGCUGGUGAACAAAACAGAAAGAAAAGUAGCGGUAUUAUCGAAUCAGUGCAUAAAUUCACCCAAGUCGGAAUCUGGAUGUGCCGCGGUCAAACACAGGUAGCAGCUCAGACCAAGCCCGUCACUCUAAGAAAAUCAAGCUCUAAAGCUCUAGCCGAUGACCUUUCAGCUGACGAGAGCCUGUGGCUCGAUCUACUAGACGCCGUUGUUACCGUUGUCAAGAACGCCACCGCAAUCCUAGAAAGGCUGGGAAGAAAUGAGGAUCCUGUUGAGGAGGCCGUCAGCGAUUCUGAUUGGUCCAAGAGUAUUAUAGCUCUACGAGCUAUCGUCCAGGAAUUGUUCACCGCGCUCCUCAACACAAAGGCGGUACCACGUAAAGACGGCACGCGUCAAACUGACAUAUCAUUUCUCCGCAUAUUGCGUGCGUUCCUCGGCCGAGCCUCCCAAUCGUCACCAACGCUGUCAAACUUACGGGGUGUGUUGAGUGCCAUCUUCUCAGCUUACUCGUAUGAAGAAGAACUCUUGUCCCUUUCGAACCGACUCUUAGACAAAGACCUGUCUGUCCAGGUUACAGAAGCAGACACCUUGCGACGGCGUGGGUGGAGACCACUUGGCCAGGUCUGUGAGGGUUGUAACAAACGCGUCUGGGGGCCUGGGGCGGGCUAUGAGAUUUGGGAUGCCUGGCGACAGGGUAAUGAAGAAAGGGAACGUGUAAAGUCAAUUGGGCUAUCAGACAAUGCGUCUAGCGGGGAAGCUAAAGGAAAGGAAGGAAAGGGCAAGGGCGUGCCACGGCAAGACGGGAGAAAAGCAAUAUUGGAAGAAGGUGCCAAUGAUGAACAAGAAUCACAGAUAGAGGCUGGGGAAGGACCCGUUGUUAUAUUUGCUUGUCGACAUAUGUUCCACCGAAGCUGUUUGGCGCAGAUGCAGGCGGGUCGGAAUGAGGCUCAUCAAAGGGCGGACAAAGAAGAUGAUCCAACCCAUGGCUACGUAAACUAUAUCGACCAAUCCUCUGCCCAGGGUGGCGGCCUUAUUGGCGUGAAUAACGGCGUUGUCACAAUAAAAUCAGAUAGCACCAAGGCAGGCGCUGGCCGAGGUCGUGACUCUGUCCGUGUCACAAGCAAGAAGCAAUAUACACAUGGUCUUGUCAUCCUCGACCUGGAACAUAUGCCUGGUAGCGCUUGUGGCAUCUGGCCGGCUUUCUGGAUGACUGGGCCCAACUGGCCAAACCAGGGAGAAAUUGAUAUUAUCGAGGGCGUCAAUUACCAGUCACAGAAUGCUUUCACUAUGCAUACCGGUGGUGGCUGCACUAUGAUCAAUAAGGACUGCUAUGGGAGUCAGGGCUGUAGUGUGCAGACAGGGGGUGCAUCCACUUAUGGUGAUGGGUUCAACCAGGGGAAGGGUGGUGUGUACGCUAUGGAGUGGACGAGUGGUGCUAUCAACAUCUGGUUCUUUGGUAGAGGGAGUAAUCUUGGGAACGUGCUGAGCGACAGUCCUGAUCCAUCACAAUGGGGAGGCGCGAUGGCCAGCUUCCAAGGCGGGUCUAGUUGCAACAUUAAUGAUCAUUUCAAAGACAACAACCUCGUCUUCGACACAACUUUCUGCGGCGACUGGGCCGGCAACGUCUGGUCACAAGACGCGACCUGCUCCUCCAAAGCAGCCACCUGCAUCGACUUUGUCCGCGACAAUCCCUCCGCCUUCACAGAAGCCUACUGGACGAUCAACUCCCUUAAAGUCUUCUCCAACAACGGCCAGAAAGCCGACACGCCCGCCCCUGCCCCCGCUCCGACCCCAGACCCCACCCCCGCCGCCGCUCCAGUCGCCUCCUCUGCCCCCGCCCCCAUCGCUUCCCCGCAACCCCAGCCUUCACAGCCAUCCACCCCCGCACCCUCGCAAACCCCAAGCUCUGGCCCUCAGAACGUGCAAUCAGGCGCCGAUGGCAACUGGGGAGAGAGUCCGGCGGAGAAGACGAAACAUUAUGCGGUCAGUAGCUCGAACGGGGGCGAUUGGGGAUUGAAUGAGAUUGAGAAGGAGAGGAGAGAUUUGGCGGAGAGGGAGGCGCAUCGCGGAUUGAAGGAUUUGCCGUCAUUGCCGGCGUCGGAGCCGUCGUCGUCGGGAGUGGCGGUGAGUAGAGUUAGGAGACACUUGCAUGGGCACAAAGUUGGGAUGGGGGUGAAGGGACAUUCUUGA